AUGGAGAAAUAUACUGCAGCAACAUCCAUCUGCAAAAAGCCAAAGAAAGUGAAAGGCUUGGGUGAGGAGGCAUCCUCUAGGGGCCAGACUCCCCACCCCUACCCCUACAGCUCCAGUAUUGCUGAUUCUACCUCAAUACCAGAUGAUGCCAUGGUGGAGAUGGCUGAGGAAGCCAUGGAGCCCACCGAGGUAGACAUCAUGGGGCUGUGGCAGGAUGUGUUCUCCAAAAUGACUAUGUACCUGACAGGUGAGCUGACAGCCACCAGUGAAGACUAUAAACUUCUGGAAAAUAUGAACAAAUGGACUAGCUUGAAGUAUCUAGAAAUGAAAGAUAUUGCAGUAAACAUAAGUAGAAACUCAAAGGACUUAAACCAGAAAUCUGCAGCACUUCAGCCUUAUCUGCAUCAGAUCACUUUAAUUGAGGAGCAAGUAGCAGCUCUGGAGCAGGUAGCCUACAAGUUGGAUGCACAUUCAAAGAAACUAGAAGCAAAGUACAAGAAGGUAGAGAGGAGAUGA